UGCAAUUGUAACACCUAAAGCGAAUGGCAUCAUCAAAACCAAAGGGGUUAGGGAGUUCACUGACCAUUCAAGAGCUCGCCAAAGAGCCCAUGCUUGUCAUCCCAGAGCGCUACGUUCGUUUAGAUAAUGAACCUUGUCCAAUUCUCUCAGAAGAUGCCACUUCCCAAACCAUCCCUACUGUUGACAUGCAACAAUUACUAAUGGUUGAAGCAACUGAUUUUCAACUAGACAGGUUGCAUUCCAUUUGCAAAGAAUGGGGCAUCUUUCAGUUGGUGAACCAUGGAGUUAGCCCUUUACUAGUGGAGAAACUGAAAUAUGAAAUUAUAGAAUUCUACAAGCUUCCUUUGGAACAGAAGAUGAAAUACAAGAUACAGCCCGGUGAUGUUGAGGGGUAUGGACAAACCUUGCUCAUGCAAGAUGAUGAAAAACUUGAUUGGGCAGAUAGGUUUUAUAUGGUCAUCAACCCUGUCCAUAGAAGGAAGGCACACCUACUUCCACAGCUCCCUUCUUCACUUAGGGAAACCUUGGAGUCUUACAUCUCAGAGUUGCAAAAACUUGCAACGACAGUUUUUGGGUUGAUGACAAAAGCUCUAAAGAUUGACAAGGGAGAGAUGGAGGAGAUGUUUGAUGAUGGAGUGCAAUCAGUGAGAAUGUCAUACUAUCCUCCAUGUCCCCAACCAGAGAUGGUGAUGGGCCUGAGGCCUCACUCUGAUGCUACCUGCAUCACCAUCCUUCUGCAAGUCAACGGAGUUGAGGGUUUCCAAGUUAAAAAAGAUGGGAUUUGGAUUCCUGUUAAUUUCCUUCCAGAUGCCUUUGUUGUUAAUGUAGGAGACACACUAGAGAUUUCCUCGGGCUAUGGUCAAGUAAAAUUCAACGCUCCGUCAAGUGGCACAAUUUGGCAUUUUAUUGAGAUUUAUGGUAUCAAUUUGCAGAUAUUGAGUAAUGGUCUCUAUAAUAGUAUCGAGCACAGAGCAACGGUGAAUUCAGUAAAUGAAAGAAUGUCAAUUGCAAUGUUUUUCAACCCCAAGUUUGAAGUGGAGGUCGGACCUGCAACUAGCCUUCUAAACCCACAAAACCCUCCAUUAUUCAAAAGGGUUAGUAUGGAAAAGUACUACAAAUAUUUCUUCUCUCACAAGCUCAAUGGAAAGUCAUUCUUAGAGCAAAUGAAGAUUGGAAAUGAAGAAGAUGACACUGCUUGAUGGCAAUCACUCUCGUACUCUUAAAAUUAAAUUAAGAAAAAUAUAAUAUUGGUGUUUGUACUAUGUAAUGUAUUAAGGUUUGGAACACAACCUCUAAAUAACAUGUCAUGUAUGAGACAACGAGAUACAAAACCUCCCUUUAUGUGUAAGAUAACCCAAAAUAUACCUAGCUCACUCAUCGAAGCUAGUUGUUUGAUCUCUUUUUAUGUAUAACUAAUGUAUAAAAAAAUAAUAUUUUUUUUGUGGUU